AUGCUGAAGUCCUCUUUCUGGCGUGAGUCUCCAUCUGACCGGCGCACUCGGAAACUUAGGAACAGACACUCUUCAGAUGAGGAGAUGGAUAACCGGUGGAAUCUGCAACGAAAUGGGACUAUAGACACAUUCCCAUCACUGUUGCCAGAAGAAGCUAAAUCUAUGUCAUACUUUGCUGCACCAAAUGUAUUUGCUCCAUCAAAAAUGGAAGGCUUUGUGUUCAGUCCCAUAAAACAAGAGGAUGUGGAUCAACUGGGAAAACAAAACCAACCUAAUAAAGUAAGUCUUUUGAGUUAAUAUGCACCUUGUUAGCACUGAAAUCCUGCAAUUUAGAGCCAACUUUUUACUCAAGGUUGUGCAUUCUUGACACUAAACAAAUCUAGGAUUGUAUGCCUCAGAAAUCAGAUUACUGGCCAUGAAAAUCUGAAAUUAAGUGGGUCUGCAUAAUUACUCUUAUUUUCUGAAAUUUAUCCUGCUGCUUCUCCCUUGAGCCCUGCUUGUAACUAAAGUCAUACCUUGGAAGCAGAACGCCUUGCAAGUCGAGCAUUUUGGCUCCCAAACGCCGCAAACCCGGUGAGUGUUCCGGUUUGCGAACGUGCUUUGGAACACAAUCAUCCAGUGCGGCCUCCGAUUAGCUGCAGGAGCUCCCUUGGUUUCCGAAUGUUUUGGAAGUUGAAUGGACUUCCGGGACGGAUUCUGUUCGACUUUCAAGGUAUGACUGUACUGGAUAUCUUACUCAGCCACCCCUCUGGCUUUGGAGAGUUUAACAGGUGUUGCCCACGCACUCUCAAGAGUAUAGGCUCCUAGCCAUAAGAGCCUGUGUGAGGGUUCAGGGAGCAGAUGUUGGAACAGGACCCAUUACAAGACUAGUAGGGGAAGGAAGGAUGGAUGGAGAGGGGAAACCACAAGGGAGGCCACUGUCUUCCUCUCUAGACGGCCAGUUGUCUUGAGUGAGAGGGAAUCUUUCUCAUGGGAACUAACCUGCCUGGUGUGUUGUCUCUUUCUGGAAGGAGACUGGUUAUGAAUCAACUACGUUAGUGACGUUUGAGAAUGAUAAGGAACACAAAUUCUGCUCAUGGUCCUGUUGGAAUAUUCUAGUUGCUAGGCAAUGGAAAAUUUCUCCAGCAACAGGUGUCCUUAUCAGGGCAUGUGAUCAAGGAAGUCUGGGUCAGUGUAAAUGACUACAGUCAUACCUCAGAAGUCGAAAGGAAUCCGUUCUGGAAGUCUGUUUGACUUCCAAAAUGUUCUGAAACCAAAGUGUGGCUUCUAAUUGGCUGCAGGAAGCUCAUGUAGCCAAUUAGAAGCUGCAGAAACCCUGUCGGACGUCCGACUUCCAAAAAUAGUUCGCAAACCAGAACACUCACUUCCAAGUUUGUGGCGUUCGGGAGCAAAAACAUCCGAGAACUAAGCUGUUCAAAAACCAACGUGCAAUUGUAUGUAAAUGAGUCAGCAUUAGGUAUCUGGCCAGAUGGCUAAAAAGAGAAAAAGAUUAUGUUGCUUUAUUUGCUUUGUUCAUUAAUGACCAGUGUGAAGUUUUGUAAAUAACAUAUACUCUGAGAAACAGGACCAGAUUAUGUUUAUUCCUGUAAUGGGAAUUUCACUAAGAGAUAGCUCUUAGUAAAAGAUGCAGAAAAGCCUUUCUGUAAAAAGGAACUCUUCUGCAGAAAGAAAUGAAAACCCAAGAGUAAGAUGCUCACGCACUAAAAUGAAGUGCCUAGCCUGGUCUAGAACCAAUGCUACUUUUUGUGGCUGUUCAGUGAUCUUUUUGAUCCAAGCUGCUCCUAUGAGUGUCACUCAAUGUUUGAAAUACAAUUCUGGCUUAGCUUUACAUCUGACCCAAGGGCGGUUCUUUUGUUUCUUCAUCGUAAUUUGUUUGAAUGAAACAAGCCCCCACUUUAGACAUAACUUCAGAGAUUGUGUUUUGUGGUCCCAUUUGCGCAAAGCAGGAGUUUUCUCCCUAUUCAAAGCAAACCAUUAACCACGGCUCAGAUGAUGUAUGAAUAGAGCCACAUACUAAAAUGGAAGUGAACUGUGUAUGUGUGUGUUUUUAACCAGAAACCAGAAAACACCUUAUUCAACAAAUACGAAGAGAAGAUCCGCCCUUGUAUUGACCUCAUUGAUACUCUGAGAGCCCUCGGAGUGGAGAAGGACUUGGCAUUGCCAGCAAUUGCAGUGAUUGGCGAUCAGAGCUCAGGGAAAAGCUCAGUUCUGGAAGCUCUUUCUGGAGUCGCUCUUCCACGGGGCAGUGGUGAGAAUUCCCGCCGGCUUUUCCUUCUGGGAAGCUUUGAGGAUGUGCAAGUUCAGAGAUUUUUUAACAUCAGUGUUCCUACUUUGUAAAAUGCAUCUUUAUUUUCUAAAGUUACCUUCUCUUUGGUGUCUGCCUGCAUUAUUUUAACAUCUCGGAGGGUUGGAUACACUUCAAAGAAAGCAAUGUUCCCAGUUAGAAGUCUGAGAAACUAAAUUGAUUUUUAGAAAGCUUGGUGUAAUAUUAUCGGGGGGUGGGGAAUGGCACUGUUCACCUAUAAGGUUAAGUGCAAAGAUUUUAAGAUAGCUGCCUACAUCUGCAGUAUAGCUCAGAUUAUUUAUGGAGGUCCAUUUUAGGAGCUGAUUUUGCCCUAGAACUAGGUGUUGUUUCAUCACAAUCCAUGGGAUUCUGCCUGUUUUUAGCAAUCUUUAGGAAGUUUCUGUGAAUCUGAAUAACCUAUACUUUUAAUGAAUUGGAUUCUCUUCAUGAACAGGCAUUGUCACCAGAUGUCCCUUAGAACUCAGGCUAAAAAAGCUGCAGCCUGGUGAAAAAUGGAAUGGGAAAAUCAGUUACCUGGAAAAAUAUAUGGAACUUGCAAAUCCUUUAAUGGUAGAAACGGAAAUAAGAAAAGGUGAGUGUUGUGGUUUCCAUUGUAUUCAAUAACAGAUUGUUAUUUUCUUUCUUAAUUUCCUUCUGUUAUAAAUGAGAAUUCUUCUUCAACUAUAUUCUAUGUAUAGUCCCAAAACCAGUGAUGAGGUUUACCAGAAAAUUUAGAGUAAUUUUGCACUGGAUUUUUUUUUAAUUAAAAUAAGGUUUCUUAGAAAAUCUUAUCCAAUUUAGUGUAUUUAUUUUACUUGUAUUUAGCAAACAAAGCUUAACACUUGAGAACAAUGAAGCUUCUCACGUUGUAUUUGACAUUGAUUGUCACAAAUGAACUUACGAACUUAUAGAAAGCGCACUGGAUUUUUUUCCAUUCCACAUUGCUGGCCAAAUAUCUUCAAUGGCUAAAGUUUGGGAGAUGUGGAAGCAAAUGCAUUGCUGAAAUCAAAUGAUGGCUCUUACGUGGCUUCUAUAGUAUUCUUUUAACCUUCCCCAGCUUUCCCAAUUGCUGUCCUUUAGCAGGUUUUUUUCUUGGGGGGGGGAGAGUCUCGUGGGCAUUGUGGUGUCACAGAUGCCCCAUGAAGGGGUCCCAGGUCUGCAGUGAUUGGCAGCUGCUGUUUAGAAGAUUCAGGCAGAGAUGUUUCCCCCAGCUCUUCUCUCCCUGGAGAUGGUUCAGAGAUUGAACCAUGGGUCCUUCUGUAUGCAAAAAACAACAGCCCUUAAAAAUAAAACUGCACCAUUGGAAACCAGAAUUAACUUUUACAUGAAAAUUUAUAACAGUUCCGUUAACACUGUUUGAUAAACAUAGCCAUAUUAACCUUUCCAGUCUCAGAAUUAUAAGAAGAUACAGUCAUACCUCGGGUCGAAAUUGCUUCAGGUUGAGCACUUUCGGGUUGCGCUCCGCGGCAACCCAGAAGUAACAUAACGCGUUACUUCUGGGUUUCACCGCUCGCGAGUGCGCAGACAGUCAAAAUGAUGUCACACGCAUGCACAGAAGGGGCGAAUCGCGGCACGCACAGCCGCGGGUUGCAUUCGCUUCAGGAUGCAAACGGGGCUCCGGAACGGAUCCCGUUCACAUCCUGAGGUACCACUGUACUGAUUUUCUAAAGAGUUUUCCUUCCUGCCAAGUUUGGCCCCUGUGUUGUAUAACAAAUGGUAGCCAGAAGAGGCUGCCAGUCCUAUGACAUGAGCAUCUGAAAUGUUGAUGUUAAAGUUUUUCUUGCUUUCUUCAUUCCAGCUCAGAACAUAAUAGCUGGUGAUGGAGUGGGCAUUAGUGAUAAACUAAUUACCCUUGAAAUUAGAUCUCCUGAAGUUCCAGACUUGACUCUGAUUGAUCUGCCAGGGAUUGCAAGAGUGGCUGUUGGUAAUCAGCCAGUAAAUAUUGGAGAUCAGGUAAAACACUAAAUAUCUUGCCCAAGAGAGCUUUCUCCAUAAGUGUACUGCAUUCCUUACUAGGUUUCUGCUCCUUUCCUGCUGCCUCUUGCAAGCUCCCAGUCCUGGUGCUUUCUGCCUACCCCCUAAACUGGCAACCCCAGUCCUCUUUCAGCCUUGCAUCUUGCCCAGUAUAUGAUCCUGCCUUGAUUCCUGUACUAGCUUCAACUUGGCCUAGGCAACUUUCUAUCAAACAGUGAAAUAACUAUACAGUAGCUCUAACAGCAGUUCUGUUUGUCUUCAUUGCAGAUCAAAAAGCUGAUUAAAACAUUUAUUGGUAAACAAGAGACAAUAAAUUUAGUGGUGGUUCCAAGUAAUGUUGAUAUUGCCACAACAGAGGCACUGAAAAUGGCCCAGGAGGUGGAUCCAAAUGGAGAGAGAACACUUGGUAAGGAGGCAAAAUAAUUCUCCUUAACUUUGAUAAUCUUGCACUGUUGAAAUGAGAACGUGCUUUUCAGAUCCCGGAAUGUCGGUAUUUGUAGGUUGUUGUUGCUUUAAAUGGUUCAUGGUCACUAUUUGUUUAGUUCCUUAAGUAUUCUUUAUUUAUCUCACUAACCCACAUGAAAACAUGUGUUUCCUUUUUUCCUCAUCAUGAAGACAAGCCAAAGGUCCCCAGUUCUAUAUAGGGAGUUUUGCUGGAGUGGCAGCUGGACUUUAUUCAGCACUGGCAAUGGGACAACAUACUUCAUCGUACCUGAAAGUUAGCUUAGGGAAUUCAGGGGAAGUGGUGGUUUCUCCAUAAUGUUUCAGUUGGCCCUGGUUCAAAGACAUCAUAUUUUGCUUAAUUCUACUGCAAGAAAGUAGAACUCUUUGGCCUGCAUGAUGGUUUUUGAGCCCUUGAUUUUGCCAAUGCAGACAAGAUGAUUUCUAUACAAGUGUGAACAGUCCUUCAAUUGUGCGUCACCUUUGCCAUUUUGUAUUAUGUUGGGUUUUUUCCCUAAUGUCUUUCCGUAUUUCAUCCCAAGGGAUCGUGACAAAGCCUGACCUGAUGGACAGAGGAACUGAGGGGACAGUUGUGAACAUAGUGAGAAACCAAGUCAUUCCCUUGAAAAAGGGAUAUAUGAUUGUGAAAUGUCGUGGGCAGCAAGAUAUCCAGUCCAACAUGACCUUGGCCUCUGCACUCAAGGAAGAGAGAGCAUUUUUCGAGAAACAUAAAUGCUUUAGGUACUCAUAGACUAGAGAGUGAUUUUUAAGAUAAUAGUAUAAUUACAGUUACUUAAACGGCCUCAGUCCUAUAUACCUGAAGGAGCAUCUCCACCUCCAUCGUUCAGCCUGGACACUGAGGUCCAGCGCUGAGGGCCUUCUGGCGGUUCCCUUAUUGCGAGAAGUGAGGUUACAGGGAACCAGACAAAGGGCCAUCUCAGUAGUGGCGACUGCUCUGUGGAAUUCCCUCCCAUCAGAUGUCAAGGAAAUAAGCAACUAUCCUAUUUUUAAAAGACAUCUGAAGGCAGCCCUGUUUAGGGAAGCUUUUAAUAUUUAAUGCUGUAUUGUUUUUAAUACUCGAUUGGGAGCCACCCAGAGUGGCUGGAGAAACUCAGCCAGAUGAGCAGGGUAUAAAUUAUUAUCAUUGUUAUUAUUGUUGUUAUUAUUAUUAAAUAUUUAUAAACCACACUUUUCACAGGAAGCAAAGUAAUAUUGUGUAAAACGUAAUGCAACACUAAAAACACCAGUGAGUUUAACUGCAAUUGUUAGCAUCAGAUUUUCUAGUAAACAUUUUCUUUGUUCCCAUACAGUAUCCUUCUACAGGAAAAAAAAGCCACAGUCCCCUUACUAGCCGAGAAACUGACUAGCGAGCUUGUGGAACACAUUUGCGUAAGUUAGCAAAAUGACACUUUAAAAACAACAACAAUGAAACAUCAACCCCAAAGUUUGUUUCUUUACUCAUUACAAGUUUUUUUCCCCAGCACCAUAUACAUCUUUUCUUUCUUUCUUUUUUCUUUUUAGAAAUCUUUGCCCACUUUAGAAGAGCAAAUAAGAUUUCAACUCCAAAAGACAGAAUCUGAAAUGCAGAGAUACGGCAAAGCCGUGCCAAAAACCGAUGGCGAGAAACAAUAUUUUUUAGCAGAGGUAAGUACACUGAUGAGGACUCGUGCUAAACUUUUCUAGUCUUAAUAGUGUUAUGCAGAAAACAUAUGUCAGUGUAAGAGUAUGUGAGCCUUAGAGGCAUCCAGAACCAGCAGCCAACGUAAGAUAAGUCAUGAACCUGUCUUUGCUGUAAAUCGAAGAUGCUUUUUGUCAUUUGUGUUUAUGACCUACCUCACUCUCUGUACAACCCAUUCAGCUACUUUUCUGUUCUGCCUACUGGAAAGCUAUGUAUUGAGUUCAUAAGGCGGAGAAAACUUAGUAUAGUUAUACACCAACAAAAACUGAAGUUAGUUUGUAACUCUAUUCCCACUUACCUGGGAAGAAGCCUGAUUGAACUCAGUGGUACUUCCUUCAUAAUGGAUACUCAUUUGAAUUCUUACAUACUUUGUCUCUUACAUAUUCUCAAUUAUUUUCUGGGAUGAAUACUUCCAGUGAUUACGUUCAACUAAUCUUAGGCCUCCUGUUUAUUAAAUAGUCAUCCUGAUUUGCUUGCACAAAGCUUACAUGGUGGUUAGAUAUUGUCUAGUCUUCGCUGAGCAGUCAUUCAGAUUUGUUGGUUGUUUAUCCCACACUUUUGGGGCAUUUUCCCAUCACUAUCCAAAGUGGAUUGUGCCAGAGUGCUUUAAUUCACUUUCAUUGCACAAACCUAAAUUUCCAGUAUUCUGUUUACUCUCUCCCACAAAAUACUGACAAUCUGGAGUCAACUAUGACACAUGCAUUCUUUCUAAUGUGAGCCAUUCAGUUCCAAAAUGAUUACAUUGCUCAUAGCUUUAUGGAGGCAAGUUCUGGAACAAAUUUUGGAUGCUUUUUUAAAAAAAAAAUUGGAUAAAUGUGUGUUUGUCUGCUUGGACACAUUGCCAGUCAAUUUGCUUGAUCGUUUUAACAUUAUGGACUUGCUGUCUGAGUUGAAUUGAUGUCUGCAACAUAAUUAUUUAUGUAUUUCAGAAAAUUUAUAUACUGCUUGAUUGUAGGGGGGAAACUCAAAUUGGUUUACAAAAAGAUAAAAACAAAUCUCUUUAAAAAAGUACACCAUAAUUAAAAACAUACAAAAAGUUAAAGCCACAAUAGAAUAGACUAAAAUAAAUUAAAACUCAUCAGAGCAGGACUUUCUAAAUAUUGCUAACAUUGCAACAAAAAUAACCACUCAUUAUCAUUGCUGAAAAAACACUUUGUUCAGAUUUGAAACAUGCACAAAUCAAAUUGUCUUUAUAAUCAACAAACCUCACUGCAUCUCUUUAAAUUGUUUGCUUUCACAGAAAAUCGAGCACUUUAUUGCAGAUGUUGGAAGCACAGUACAAGGAGAAGAAAGUGUGUCUGAAAAUGAAGCCAGAAUGUUUACCAAAGUUCGUAAAGAAUUUCAGAAAUGGGGCGAAGGAGUUGCUAGCAGUGGCUUUAAAAGUAAGUACAGACUACUCUGUGUCUAGAGCAGCUCCUGUUUUAAUAGCAUCACAUGUCCCUUCUAAACUGAGUCUCCAGGAUUAGAAAUGGCUACCUUAAAAUAAAAAAGUGUGUGUAUUUAAAAGAAAUGCUGUACAAAGAACUUUGUUUUGAGGUAAGAUGUUAAGUCCAGCUUAUCCUUGUUUGGAGAUUUUAUCAACCUUAAAUAGAAGGGACGAUGGAGUAACAGACAUGAUUAGGUUUAAGCAGGAUGCAUCCUAAGAUUUUGUGUUAUCAGGCACCUGGGAAAAGCAGUGGAGGAUCUUCGGUUGCUUUUAAACCAACUGCAAGGCUCCUAUUAGAAACACAUAGAAUAGGAAAAAACAUUUCAACCUCUAUUUGGAACACCUUAAUAAAAUACGCUACUGAUGCUGAAUUUUGUUGCUGGAUCACAAAUCCCUUCACCUCUGACUAUUGACCAUGCUAGCUGAAAAUUAACAGUGGAGAGCACUGUGUUAGAUAGGGACCCCUGACAGUUAAGUCCAGUCACAAACAACUCUGGGGUUGCGGCGCUCAUCUUGCUUUACUGGCCGAGGGAGCUGACAUUUGUCCGCAGACAGUUUUUCUGGGUCAUGUGGCCAUCAUGACUAAGCCACUUCUGGCAAAACCAGAGCAGCGCACGGAAAUGCCGUUUACCUUCCUGCUGGAGAGGUACCUAUUUAUCUACUUGCACUUUGACAUGCUUUCGAACUGCUAGGUUGGCAGGAGCUGGGACCCCUGUGCUAAUUUGGGGACUUCUGUAAUGAAAAAUGAUGGUGUAAAUUAAACAAACCUAAACCUAUCCUGAUUUCAACUAACUGGUUCCCAGGGUGAUUUACUGAGCUUUCGUAAAUCCGUGACAGGUUUUAGGGGUUUUAAAAAAAUGUUCUUCUUCCUGCAGUUCAAGAAUCCCUACUCCCUGAGAAGUGGAAAUUUGAAAAUCAGUAUCGUGGCAGAGAGCUUCCUGGAUUUCUCAAUUACAAGACGUUUGAGAUGAUUAUAAGUAAAUAUAUCACCAAUCUAGAAAUGCCAGCUGUUGAUAUUCUAACUAGAGUUACAAGUAAGUCUAUUUAUUAAAUUCAGUUUUCUGGCUACUGGGACAGUUGUUUUAAAUCAUUUUAAAUGUUGCAGUUGUACCCGCCAUAGGACUUUAGGGUGAAAGGUGGGUAGUAAAGGGGAUUGAUUAUACAUAACAUAAAAAUAUGAAAGGGGUUUUCAAAUACUAUCUAUAUAUAAUAAAAGCACAUGCAAUGUAAGUGAUUUUGCUUGAGCUGUGAAACCUCCAACAUUUAUAUUUUCGUAAAAGGGCUGUAGGAAAAAAUGAAUGGAAUUGUUAAUGGUUUGGGUGUAUGCAACAUUUUUACCAAAAUACGUGUGAGAAAACAAGAAAUUAUUUUUCUACACAGAUUCUGAUCAUUUGGUGUAUUCUCUCCCCCCCCCUUUCAGAAAUAGUGCGUCAAGGUUUUGUGGCGAUUGCUAAAAGCCAUUUUGAAGGAUUUCAUAAUCUUCAUUCGGAAGCCAAGGUAAGAACAACAUGAUGCAGAUUCAAACUCUCUUGGAUGUGUGGAGCUGCUGGCAGGGAGAGGAUGCUUCCUGAGCUCCCCCAUUCACUAUAUAAACAUGAUCAUCAGAAAGGAGUGUCCCUGCCUGAAACCAUCCUACUAUCUGCUGUUGGCCAGCCAUGAUUACAUGUAAUGAUGGGCUAAACUAUGGUUUUAUUUUGGGAAAAAUUCUUGGAAUUUGUCCCUUUUCUAAAGAAAAAGCAGCUGUGGGGCCCACACCUGAAACAUGCUCACUGGGACUCAUCACCAGUUUCCUGCUGAAAAUUAGUCCCCUCCUUAGCAGUAAACAGUAUAGAGGAUAGAGUGCAUCCCUCACCCAGUGGAAGAGCAAUUCUGGGUUGCUCACCCAUGAUUGCUUAUUUUUCUUCAAAAUAAACAUGAGCAGAUUUUAAAAAGUUACGAUAAUGUAACAUUCAGUUGGCCCCAGGUACUGUCAUAGUGGGACAAUCCCAUUUGUUUUGUUUCUGUUAUUUGUUGCAGUUAGUUUCUUCCCCCCCCCCCCUUUUUCGGAUCACAUCUAUUGUAUUCCAGCAUCAUGCUAAACUACAGUUCAGUGAGACAUGAAUGAUCCUCACUACCUCCUCGGCUGGGAGGAUGAGUUCAUAGUAUUUCAUUUUUCAGCCAUCCCUACUUUCCCUGUGCUAAUAACUUGCUUUACCCAUUACUGAUACCAGCUAGUGCCCAGUAAUGCUUUGUUGGAUAUGGGCCCUAAUUUCUAUGUAACUUGAUAUCAGCUUGCUGCUUCUUGUGAUCUGUUGAACCAUUGUUCAGAGGUUAGAAUAAGUCUGCUAUUUUCUGACUUGUUUAUUUCAUCUCAUUUUUCUCACUCUAUCUUGGAUUGUGCCAUCUAACAUGUGCCAUCUUCUGGGCCUCUUGGCCUGUGCUAUUCAACUCACCGGGUCGGGAUGGGACCAGGUUCUCCCCUACCCCCCCCUCUCUCUCCUGAUCAUGAAUUGCUUGCUGCUGUAAUGAAAAAAGUUGUGCCCUAAUUAUUAUCCACACACUGGUCUAGUCUGUGUCGCUCCUUUGGUCCUUGGUGUGUGUCAAAAUUGUGCAUAUACCACAUGUUUGCAUUUCUUCUUCUGCAUCAUUUUCCUUUUAAUCUAGCUCUGCUGUUUGUAGAAACUGGAUGGGCAGUGCUGAAAAAAAAUUCACAAGCUGGAGGAGGGGUGGAAGUUUAGUUUUUCGCAAGCAGCUAUCAAAAGCAACAGAACUUGUAUGCAGUGAAGCAGAGUAUUUCAGAGUAUGAAAUAAAUUCAGUUCACAGAACCGGGUUUCUCUUGGUGCCCUACUCCCCCUGAAAUGUUCAAAUGUUAGGCACAUAGACACUUCCAUUUGUUGUACAGUGGUACCUCAGGUUAAGAACUUAAUUCGUUCUGGAGGACUGUUCUUAACCUGAGGUACCACUUUAGCUAAUGGGGCCUCCCGCUGCCGCGCUUCUGUUCUCAUCCUGAAGUAAAGUUCUUAACCCGAGGUACUAUUUCUGGGUUAGCGGAGUCUGUACCCUGAAGCGUCUGUAACCUGAAGCGUCUGUAACUCGAGGUACCACUGUAGUCUUUUACACUGGAGGAGAGCUUGCAGAAUAAGUGGAUUUAGGGAGCUUGAGUGCAAUGUGUGGUAAAGGAAGGCAGUUUGAGAUUAAAGGUCAUGGGGAGUACGUGUGGGAGUGUUAUGUCCAGUAUCUCUAUAUGGAAUAGUCAGAUGUGAUUCCUUCUAUGCUACAUCACUGGGGAUGUCUGUUAUUUUUGCCUUUCACAGAAUAGAAUUGAAAGUAUUAUAGAGAAACAAGCAAAGGAAGCUGAAGCUAUAGUCAUGAUCCAGUUUGCAAUGGAGAAGACCUUAUUCUGUCAGGACAAUCACUACCAGUCAUGCUUAAGAGCUGUAAAGGAAGCUGCAAGAGGGGGGAAAACCACAGCGAUAGAUGAAGAAGGCACUGCAAUCGCUGAAACAGCUUUUCAUUUGGAGGCAUACUUCACGGUGAGUUACAUGGCAUUUCUGAACAUAUUUACUCAGAAGUAAGUCCUGUUGAAUUUGAUGGGGCUUACUCCCAGAAUUGCAGCCUCAAGUCACCAAUAUCAUUUGUACCCAUUUGACUGUGAUUAUAAUUGCUAACAAUAUUGCAUAGCAAAUCAGAUGGAACUGAGAGUUCAUGAUCACAUUCAUUCCAAGAUACUCCUGGUUUAUCAUGAGCCUCAUUUAUAAAUAUGCUAUUAAGUCAAAGGCUCCCACAAGGUGUGGGGAACACAUGGCAUCUUCAGUGCUGUGAGAUUAUAAUGCUAGCCUUCCUUGCCUGGCCCCCAUGAGGCUCAGAUGUCAUUGUGGCCACCCAAUGUUUUAUCUCCAGCAGUGGAUAUAAUUUGCUCAGUCGCAAUUUUUCUCCCCUGCCAUUAUUCCACACUUAUUUCCCCCCUCAAGCAAGACAGUGCUGGGUGACUUCCCAAGUCUUUACCACUGCUCAUUCAGAAAGAGAAUUACCAACAUGUGGAAGUUACUAAUUGCAGUGCAUGCAUCUUUUUUCAUUUCAGACUGUAAUCAAACGUCUCUCCUCCCAAAUUCCCCUCAUUAUCCAGUACUUCAUCCUCAAUAAAUAUGAAUACAGGCUGAAGAAUGAAAUGAUGCUGCUCCUGAGUCAAAGGGAGAAUUUGAGCCUUCUGAUCCAGGAGCGCACAGAUGCUGCUGAACACAGGCAGUUCUUGUCUGACCGCAUUGAUCGUCUGGUUCAAGCUCGGGACCACUUAGCAAAAUUACUUGGCUAA